GACCAUUAAGUAGCUUCAUGCAUAGUUCAAUGUGUUUUGUCUCUUCUUCAUCAUGGCUUACCUUGCCAUCCUAGUAGUCCUAAGCUUAUUUUACAAAGCAAGCCUGGUCUUUGGGGACAUAGGCACGGCUAUUUCUUAUACUCCUCCAUACAUACCUACUAAGUGUUACGGCAAUAGACAAGAUCAAUUCCCACCAGGAAAUCUGUUUGUUUCUGUGAGUGAAGGGUUGUGGGACAACGGGGCUGCCUGUGGGAGACAAUACCGGCUAAGGUGUCUCAAUGGCAGCAACAAACCAUGCAAGGGUGGCACUGUGGAUGUCAAGGUGGUGGAUUUUUGCUCAAAAAGGCCAUGCCCUUCUACCAUCCUCAUGUCAACCGAAGCUUUUGCAGCUGUCUCAAAUUCUCCUAAUGCAAAAAUCAACAUUGAAUUUAUCCAGCUUUGAUUGAUAUACAUAUGGUUGUGUGCUUGAAGACUAGACGCUCAGUUGAUAUGCAGACUUGUAUAGUGAGAUCCGAGAAGCUCUAUCUUUACUGUAAUGGCACUAAAAACCAGCAGGAUAUAUGGAAUUUUGGUUCAAAGUA